AAAGUUAUCACUCUCUCAGCAGUCGACCAGAAAUUCUGGCAUAUAUUUUUGGAUUCAAAUUUUGAUGACUACCAUGCAGGUGCACUGUUGAAAACCGGCUAGACACAAGAGUACGAGCGAGCAAGGACUAGGACGCCAUGGAGAUGCAACUGGGAGCCAUGCUCCAUGUCUACAAGGGGGAGUACGGACUGCCGUCCAUUGAUUUUGAAUGUUUACGUGCGCUGUGCCUCCUGCGAUUCACCCGCUGUCCCAUGGACGUGCAGACCAGCUCCAAUCCCCUGCGCUCGGGCGCCGGGAAACUGCCCUAUCUGCAGAUCGGCAACCAGAAGUUCGCGGGCUAUAGGCAAAUCAAGCGCGUGCUGGAUCUCGAGGGUUACCCGAUAGACGCGCAUUUAAGCACCAAACAAAAGCAUUUGUCCACCGCCUACGCCAACUGGGUGUUCACCAAUCUGCACGCCUACUACCACUACUUCCUGUACGGUGAGCCCCACAACUUCGACACGACCACGCGGGGUCUCUACGCCAAGCGCACGCCAUUCCCCUUCAACUUCUACUACCCGUCGUCCUACCAGAGGGAAGCCUGCGAUGUGGUCCAGGUGAUGGCCGGCUUCGAUGUAAACGACAAGAUGGACAAGCACGAGGGCGACUACCUCGUCGUCAAUGCCAAAAAGGUGGUGAAUCUGUUAUCCCGGAAGUUGGGUCGCAAGGUGUGGUUCUUUGGCGACACGUACAGCGAAUUCGAUGCCAUUGUCUACAGCUAUCUGGCCAUCAUCUUUAAAAUCGCACUGCCCAACAAUCCACUGCAGAAUCACAUCAAGGGCUGCCAGAACCUGGUGAACUUCAUCAAUCGCAUCACCAAGGACAUUUUCCGCAACGAAGGCUACAGUUCCGUCAAACUCACAAAGACGCCCAGUGGCACGGAGGCGAGUCUGACGGCAUCUGAGCGCAAAUUCCUGGAUUCCGAGCUGAACACCAAAAUCGUGGCGGGAGUGGGUGCAGUGUUGGCCAUGGGAGCGUUUGCAGCAUGGCGCGGCAUUUACAACCAGCUAACAACGCGCUCCUCGACGGACUACGAUGGCAUAGAUUACGGGGACGACGAGCUGGAGGAGGGCCUAGAUUAAACGCGCCUCUGCAACGAUGUCUAUGUAUAGUAUAUAUUUUAAAAUACAAAAUGAGUGGAUGAAGCACAAAAACUGUCCAGCUUGAAAAGUUUGCGUCAACAUUAGAGGGGGUCGAUUUACUGGGCCAUGAAUCUUUGGACCAAAAGGAAUCUUAGCCUAUUCGGCAUGAAAAGUUAACUUAUUAAAUUGUUCUUAGAUUGCUUUCCGUUCCAAAGAUUUUUCUUACUAAUCGAUCUUCUCUAAUAUACAUAUUCUAUAUGUGUAAUAUAGUUCGAAUUCGUUUUUAAACUGUCUUGUAUAAUAUAGCAUUUUAAAGUCAUCAGAGCGUAAUAAAAAAAGAGUACUGAA